CGCGCUGACGCAAUUCCGCUACGCGCGAAAUUUUGAGCGCUCCACACAAAACAAGAGACGGUUCCCGCCUCGCGGCGCAAUAACGUUCAGGAUGGCGGAUCUGGGCUGCUACUCUCCCAGCUUUAAGAAGCCCUCCGAUGUUCUGCGGAUGAGACGGAAGCGCGUGCGGAGCGAAGGCCCGGAGCGGGGGCCGGUGGAGGGGGUCCGUCCGUUCUCUCCGGGGCCGCGGCUGAACGCACCGGGACGGACGGGCGGCGGCGGCGGGAAGCGAAGGAAUCCGUUCGCCAACAUCGAGAACACGUACAACAGUCCCAAGAAGAGAGCUUUAUUCUCAAACAGCGACGGACACGACAGCGCGCCGGACGCUAGAAAGACGCUUCUGGACGGAAAACCCCGGGAAGAACGGGACGACGCUGCAACGUCACUGAGAGAGGAACUGUUCAACACUGAGAGACAACAACACCUCGAGAGAACGACGCCCGACUCUGUUUCUGAAGACGUGGGUCUGUUCGAGGAGGACCUGUUCGAGUCGGAGAGAUCCGCUCCGGUUCUGAAGAGUCCAGAAGCGCAGCGUGACGCCGCUCCAGCUGAGGUGUGUCUGGAGUUCCCGGCCGACUGGUCUCUGAAAACCCGUCUGUUGUUCACGUCUCCUCGGUCGUUCUCGUGGGCCGAGCAUCCGAAGGCUCAGGAGGAGGCGCAGGGCUUGAGCUCUCACUGCAGGGCCCAGUUCUCCAGCUUACCUCCUCACAUACAGGAGCCGCGGGGCUGUGCCGAGCUCCGCUGUGGCUUUCAUCAGUGUCUUCAGUACUGGCAGCAUCCCUCGCUGCCCUGGCUCCCGCUCUUCCCUCGCAUCGGCGCCGAGCGCAGGUUCUCCGGGAAGUGCAUGCCGUGGUCGCAGGACCCAGCUCUGCAGCAGAGUCUGAUGAGCGACUGGUCUGUGAGCCUGACGUCUCUCUACGGUCUCCUGAAGGCUCGUCUCUGCCCGUAUUUCUAUCUGUGCUCGUAUCAGUUCACGGUGCUGUUCAGAGCGGCCGGUCUGAGCGGAGCUAAGGGCCUCAGCGCGCUGCUGUCCCCCUCCACCAGGGGCCUGCGGGAGGCCAUGAAGGCCGAGGGGAUAGAGUUCUCUCUCCCUCUGCUGGAGGAGAGGAGGAAGAGCAGGGAGAGCGGUCGGGCCGAAGACGAGGAGUCGCUCAGCGGCGCUGGGUUAAGUGAAAACGAGGAGGAGGAUGAAGAUGAGGAUGAUGACGAUGACGGUGGAUUUUCCUGGCUGAAGGAGAUGGGCGUCCAAGACAAGAUCAAGAAACCAGAUGCCAUUUCUAUAAAACUUCGUAAGGAGCACCGAGAGGUUCGUCUGGAUCACCGGCCGGAGUCCGUGGUGUUGGUGGAAGGCUCCGACACCUUCACGCUGAUCAACUUCCUCAUCAACUGUAAGAGUUUGGUGGCUGGAGCCGGUUCUCAGGCGGGCCUUCCUCCGACUCUACUGGCCCCGACGGCCUUCAGAGGGGCCACACUGCACACGCUCAAGGCGCGGACGGUGAACGUGAAGACUCAGGUGAGAAGCGGCUAUCAGGACGUGUGCAGUCUGGAGGUGACGGGACCCAUCAUGCCCCACACGCUCCACGCUCUGACCCAGCUCCUCAGACCCGCUCAGAAAGGAGAGUUUUCUGUGGCUCUGUACACCCACGAGCCCACAGCGGUCCUGAACGUGCCCCUGAGCCUGACCUCUGACCCCGAGCAGCCGGACCUGGGCAGAUGUGGCCUCCAGCAGAGCUCCGUUCAGCAGCUGGCCGCGCCGAGCAUGCUGGGAAAGAGCGCUCUCAGACAGCUGCACAUGAAAGACUACUCGUACAGCUGGAAGUCCUGAGAAAACAUUAAUAGAGAGCUGACGGGCCCUGCCUAUUAAUAUCUGUGGCGUAUCAGGCUUCCUGUGACGCUCACACACACUCAUCUUUAUAGACGCUGGGCGUGAAUAGUUUUUAGCGAGUAGUUUUUAGCGUUGUCUGAACGCAUUAGGAGUUAACACGGUCUAGUUUGUCGUUUUUAAAUCUGUUUUAUGUUCACGGGCUGUAAUAAUGUUUUAGACUGUGAUGAGAACAAAUAAUGACUUCCCUGGGAAGAAACUCUUUCGUGAUUAUAUUACAGUUGCCAGUGUAUUUAUCACUCUUGUAUGAUUUUAUUAAAUGAACGAGUUUAAAUAUUU